UCUGGCAGCUGUGUGUGUGACUCUGGACAUUCUGCACCUGUUGGCUUCCUGACCUCAGGAACAUCUUUUACAUGCACAGAUUUCAUUCCAGCACUAACAGAAGAAUGCAAGAUUCAUUGCUCAGCAAAAUGUGGAGAGGAUCUUCUGGAGCAGAUUCAGAACCGUCCAGCACAAGUGCUUUCUAAGAACGUUAUGACUAAGUAUUUGAAUGAGGAAAUGAAUUGCGUGAAGGCUUUUGAGGGUACUACUACAGAUAAACAUGACCUGGGGUCUUACGGAAAUUCUGUACUGGAAGCCACUGAGAAACUGGUGUCUGGACUUGUGAUGAAGACAGACACCUACUACUCCAUCAGUAUCAAUCUUCAAACAGUAGAUGUUGAGGUUUUUGUGGUUGGGCCUAACACCUCCUUGACAGAAAUACCUCAACUCAACACAAGCAAUGCUUAUUUGGAUAUUGACCUCAUUGGGAUUGCGAAGAACAACAAUGGAUUCGCUGCUGUGGCUUUUAUAAGCUACACCAACUUGUCAAACAUUCUGAAUCCCAGCCUCAUCAAGCAUGGUGGUAGAGAUAAAGUCUUCCUGUCCACUGUGGUGUCAGUCAUACUAAUCAACGUCACCAACACCCAGUUCACCAAACCAGCCCGCAUCACCUUCAAACACUUUACAGAGGUUCACCCUAAAGAUCAUUUAUCCUGUGUGACUUGGAAAGGCUCUGAGUGGAUGAAUGAAGGUCAGAAUAUUGUUCAGACCAACAGCACUCACACUGUGGUCUUCAUCAGUUACCCUGGAACUUUUGCUGUCAUCAUGCAAAUCAGCUGUUCACCGGAGGUCAUCAGUAAAGAUCUAUACCUACUCAACGUGGUGUCCGUGGCAGUCGGGCUGGGGUUUCUGAGCUUGACCCUGUUGACUUUUGCUAUUUUUCGACACUCAAAAAUGAACAGGAUGGCUCAGGUCAACCUGUCCAUAAGCCUGCUGUUGUCUCACCUCCUCUUCCUGCUCACAGCACAUUUCCUAGACAACAUAUAUGCUUCUCAGUUGGUGUGUAAGGUGGUUGCAGGUGUUCUACAUUUCUUGUUCCUCUCUGCUUUUGUGUGGAUGUUCAUUGACGCUGUUCUGCUGUUCAUCUCUGCGAGGAACCUAACAAAGAUCACAUCGAAUCAGAGGGAGGUGCUUGGCUGGAAAAGUUUCACUGUGAUUGGAUACCUUAUUCCCCUGAUUAUAGUGGGCAUUUCUGCUGGAAUAGUGCCUGGUGGAUAUGGCAGUAAAAAAUGUUGGCUGAAGAUAGACAAAGACUUUUUCUGGAGUUUUUUGGGACCUGUGUGUUGCAUUCUUGGUUUAAACCUGAUCCUCUUUGUUGCCAUCUUUAUCAACGUCACCUUCACUUUGAAAAACCUGAACAGUGAGAUCUUGCAGAGAAAAAACACACCAGCUGAUAAAAAAGUGAUUCAAAGUGUGAUGCUGAAAACCAUGGCCCAACUCUUCAUCCUCGGUUGCCCCUGGAUACUGGGUCUCUUCACCUGCAACCAUAAAGUGCUGGAGAUUAUCUUCUUGUUCCUCAACUCCCAGCAGGGCACUUUCAUCUUCUUCAUCCACUGUGUCCUCAAUAAAGAGAUCAGAGAGCAAUGUAGAAUGAAGUUCUGCCUGCGCAAAAAGCCGAUCACCUCUAACUCUGACAUCCAAAUAAAACAAAAAUGAGCUCAACAUCCACAUACAAAAUAA